AUGGGAGGUGUACUUUUCCCGGAUCGGUCUGGAUCUACGGUGCACCUACAGUACCUACUUCUGAUUGAGGAUUGGCAGAGAGCUGGACGGUUCGCCUGGGGAGCUGCUGUUUUAUCCUACCUGUACCAUGAGAUGGGUAGGUCUACUUUGCACAUUUCGCAUACCGGCACUUCUCUAGCCGGUGACCUUGGUGGAUGGGUCGCCCUACUGCAGUUCUGGGCGUUGGAGCGAUUCCCACAUCUGGCACCUCGACAUUCAGAGACGAGGGCACAGAAUUCUGAGGAUGCAUCCCCACGUGGUCUUCGAUGGCUUUCGGCCAACAGUCGUCAGUAUGGUGACCAGCUAUUUCAAUACAAGCUGUGGUGGUUAGUAUAUAACAUUCCAUUUUAUAGAAUAGUUUUCAUUUGUUUUAUUUUUUUAGAUUUAGGGAUAAUAACGUUAAUUUUUUUUAUGUAG